AUGCCACUCUUCCAAGCGGGCCGUGCCUGCUUCGCCCGCGGGUUGCAACAGACCUUGCGGGCGCCGGCUCGGCUGACGAGGGCCCGAUCCUUCAGUAGUGAUGUGCCAAAACCCACGCCGUUGCAAAUGCGGCGGCUCUUCGUCACCUCUGCCGUGCCCUUCGUGGCCUUUGGCAUCGUAGAUCAGAGUGUCCUGCUCUAUGCGGGGGAUGCCAUCGACAACACGUUGGGUGUUGCCCUGGGCUUGCCAACUUUGGCUGCAGCGGCCAUGGGCCAGGUGCUGAGUGACACCUGUGGCGUCGCCUUCGGAGGCACCAUCGAGGCAGCAGCAUUGAAGCUGGGGCUACCACUGCCCAACCUGACGGACGCCCAGCAACGCUUGGGCUCUGUGAAACGCAUCAGCACUUUGGGAGGCGUGUGUGGAGUGAUUUUGGGCUGCUUCAUCGGCAUGAGCAACUUGCUGAUUAUCGACUUGAAAGCAGCUGAAAGAGCCAAGAAGGAGAAGGAGCUCGCAAAGAUCAUGAAGACAGUGAUGGAAGAUGGCAGGAAGGCCUUUGAAUGUGAUCGAACCACCUUGUGGGCCGUCGAGGAGGACAACAACGAGCUCUGGAGCACCUUCGCCAGCGGCGUGGACGGCCGGCUUCGUAUUGAGAAAUCCACCACGUCCCUGGCGGGAUGGGUGGCCACAAAGAACGAGAUGGUGAACAUCCCAGAUGUGGCGCAGGAUCCCCGAUGGGCAAAAAAUGUGGUGCACCCACGCGACUACGAAACGAAGUCCAUGCUUUGCGCACCAGUUGUGGUGGAGGACAAGGUGGUUGCAGUGAUUCAGCUCUUGAACAAGCUGGAUGAAGAUGGCACUGCCAUCAGUUUCGAUCGAGCUGAUGAACGGGCGCUGAAAAUGAUGGCAGGUCACACUGCCAUGUUCAUGUCUCAACUUUCGUGA